CUCUGAUCCUUCCUAUUGAGCUCUGAUCUGUGUUCUUCAACUUUCUCGAGGUAUUUGCGUGCCCCCGACUGCCUUAACCACAGAGAAGAGACCAUCUUGCGCCUUCUCUUUGCGCCUACGAGCCUCAUCACAAAGGUACUUAAAUUGAAUAGUAGAUUAUACAUCACUAGCUUUUUCUCGAAAUCAUGGGACACGAAGAUAAUUUGAGGACUUGGGUUUCUGACAAAUUGUACUCAGUUUUGGGCUACUCCCAACCAGCAGUGGUCUCUUUUAUCAUCGGAUUGGCCAAGAAAGCUUCUUCACCAGCUGAUGCUGCCUCCAAGCUUAAAGAAUUCGGGUUUCCUGCAUCUGCCGAAACCCAUGAAUUUGCAAAAGAAAUUUAUAUGAAAGUACCACACAAGGCAGCGGGUUUGAAUAGUUAUCAAAAAGCAGAGAAAGAAGCUGCUAUGUUGGUCAAGAAGCAGCAGGAGUAUGCACUUCUAGAUGCUGAUGAUGAAGAUGACCCAGAACCACCUCUUCCGGUGGCACCCAAGUCAAGACAGAAGCAGAUUAGGAAGAAAAGACAGAUUGAAGACGACGAUGAUGAUGAUGAGGACAUUCUUCAAAAUACCAAGGAGAGACGUGUUAAGAAGCACACCACUGAAGGAGAAAGUGAAGAUGACUCCUCUGAGUCUGAGGAAUCAAGGAGAAUUGAUCAGCAAGAGCGUGCAAAAUUAGAGAAAAGGCUAAGAGAAAAAGAUGCAGCACGGACACGUAAGACUACGGAGCCAACAUUAUCGAGGAAAGAGCAAGAGGAGGCGAUUCGGAGAGCUAAAGCUUUGGAGCAGAAUGAUCUUGCAACUUUAAGACAAGUUUCCAGACAGGAAUAUCUGAAGAAAAGGGAACAGAAGAAACUGGAGGAGUUGAGGGAUGAUAUUGAAGAUGAGCAGUAUCUCUUUGAGGGAGUAAAACUGACAGAGGAUGAGCUUCGUGAGUUGAGAUAUAAGAAAGAGGUAUACGAGCUAGCCAAAAAACGGGCAGAUGAUGUGGAUGAUAUUACUGAGUACAGAAUGCCUGAUGCCUAUGACCAGGAAGGAGGUGUCAGUCAGGACAAAAGAUUUGCAGUAGCCAUCCAGCGUUACAGGGAUCCUGGGGCUGAGGAAAAAAUGAACCCAUUUGCAGAACAGGAGGCAUGGGAGAAGCACCAAAUUGGGAAGGCAACUAUGAAGUUUGGAUCACUGAACCAAAAGCAAGCAGCUGAAGACUAUCAGUAUGUCUUUGAGGAUCAAAUUGAAUUUAUCAAGGCUUCUGUGAUAGAUGGGACAAAGUAUGAAGAAGGUAUGUCUCCAGAGGAGACUGAAAAAUUAGCUGCAAAAACAAUGCUAGAAAAACUUCAGGAUGAGAGAAAGACACUACCCAUAUAUCCCUAUCGCGAGGAGUUGCUCCAAGCUGUUCAGGACCAUCAGGUUCUGGUAAUAGUCGGAGAAACUGGUUCUGGGAAGACUACUCAGAUACCCCAGUAUCUUCAUGAAGCUGGUUACACAAAGCGAGGAAAGAUUGGAUGCACCCAGCCCCGUCGUGUUGCAGCCAUGAGUGUUGCUGCACGUGUUGCUCAAGAGAUGGGUGUUAAACUUGGUCAUGAGGUUGGCUAUUCUAUACGAUUUGAAGAUUGCACUUCAGACAAAACCAUUUUAAAGUACAUGACAGAUGGAAUGUUGAUGCGAGAAUUCCUUGGGGAACCGGACUUGGCAAGCUAUAGUGUCAUUAUGGUGGAUGAGGCACACGAGAGGACAUUGUCAACAGAUAUAUUAUUUGGUUUAGUAAAGGACAUUACUCGAUUUCGGCCUGAUAUCAAGCUGCUCAUAUCGAGCGCCACACUCGAUGCUGAAAAGUUCAGUGAUUACUUUGAUUCAGCACCAAUCUUUAAAAUCCCUGGUCGCCGUUUUCCUGUUGACAUUCACUACACAAAAUCACCAGAAGCAGACUACCUAGAAGCUUCAAUUGUCACGGUGCUCCAAAUUCAUGUAACCCAACCACCUGGUGAUGUUCUUGUGUUCCUCACAGGGCAGGAAGAAAUCGAAGCAGCAGAAGAGAUUCUAAAGCAUAGAACAAGGGGCUUAGGAACAAGAAUUGCUGAACUUAUUAUAUGCCCAAUAUAUGCCAACUUACCUACUGACCUCCAAGCCAAGAUCUUUGAACCCACACCAGAAGGGGCUCGCAAAGUUGUCUUGGCUACCAACAUAGCAGAAACCUCUCUCACAAUUGAUGGUAUUAAAUAUGUCAUUGAUCCAGGGUUUUGCAAGAUGAAAUCCUAUAACCCAAGAACUGGAAUGGAGUCUUUGCUUAUUACCCCAAUUUCAAAGGCAUCUGCACUACAAAGAGCCGGUAGAUCAGGAAGGACUGGCCCUGGAAAAUGCUUCCGCUUAUAUACUGCUUACAGUUAUCAGAAUGAGUUGGAGGAUAACACAAUACCAGAGAUACAAAGAACUAACUUGGCCAAUGUGGUCCUAACACUUAAGAGCUUGGGUAUUAAUGACCUGGUUAAUUUUGAUUUCAUGGAUUCCCCACCUUCUGAGGCAUUAAUCAAGGCUCUUGAGCAGCUGUUUGCCCUAAACGCACUUAAUAAAAGGGGAGAGUUGACAAAGUUGGGGAGAAGGAUGGCAGAGUUUCCUCUUGAUCCCAUGCUUUCAAAGAUGAUAAUUGCUUCUGACAAGUAUAAAUGCUCUGAGGAGGUCAUUACAAUCGCUGCUAUGUUAUCGGUUGGGAAUUCGAUCUUUUAUCGACCAAAGGAUAAGCAAGUGCAUGCUGAUAAUGCAAGGAUGAAUUUCCAUACAGGCAAUGUUGGGGACCAUAUAGCAUUGCUCAAGGUGUACAAUUCCUGGAAAGAAACCAACUAUUCCACCCAAUGGUGCUAUGAGAAUUAUAUACAGGUGCGAAGUAUGAAACGUGCGCGAGAUAUCAGAGACCAGUUGGAGGCUCUUCUGGAGCGAGUGGAGAUAGAACCUUCAACAAAUGAAAAUGAUCAUGAGUCGAUAAGGAAAGCUAUAACAGCAGGAUAUUUUCACAAUUCAGCCCGGCUACAGAAGAAUGGGUCAUAUCGCACAGUUAAAAACCCACAAAAUGUGCACAUCCACCCUAGUUCUGGUCUUGCAGAGGCACUUCCUAGAUGGGUUGUCUAUUAUGAGCUGGUGAUGACAACAAAAGAAUAUAUGCGCCAGGUAAUUGAGUUGAAGCCCGAGUGGUUGGUUGAGAUUGCUCCACACUACUAUCAGUUAAAAGACGUUGAGGAUUCUGGAUCACGAAAGAUGCCACGGGGACAAGGUCGUGCUACAAUGGAUUAACCUGAUUGCCUUGUUGUACCUCUGUAUUUUUUUUUCCUUUUGCCUCUUUGUAUCUGUCAUGGCAAAUAUUUUAUUUUAUUCUCUUUGUAUUUGUUAUGGCCAGUGGAGAAGAUGUGUGGCCAUUCCAUGUUACUUGAAACUGUACAUAAAAGCAUUGCUGUUGAAAUUUUGAAUAUUUUUACCCUCUUCAAAAAGGGCCAAGGAAGAAAGAAGAGUGUGAAAUAGAAGGGAAUUUUGUAACUG